UUUACGACACUGGUUACCUAAAUUGCACCGGCACUUGUAAAGUACUUGAUUAUAACAGUCCAUCACCAACCGGGAGGUUCAAAGUUCAAAUACACGAGUACAAUAUUUCUAAGGAUGAGGAUGGUGAACGGGAUAUUUGUUAUGAGAUGAGUGGUUCUAAAGCUACUUGGGAUCUUGGCGAAGUUGAUUGUAAUAAAUUUUCUGGAGUUACCCCUUGCCCGAAUUUUAAAUAA